AUGGCAGAGGAAAUGUGGAAAUAUUCCACAGCCAUCGACCCGGAGAUUGUGAAACAGACUGGUUGUUUCACAACUCUGCCAGUCAGGAUUAACAAUAGAGACGACAUCGCGAAUGCAUCAUCCUCGCGCGUGCUCAAGGAUUGGGCAGAUCAUACGGGCAAUCGAGACAUAGACCCCAAUCGCGUAUCGUUCUCUCCCGUUGGAAGCUUUUGCUCCUUGAUCUACUGCGAGACCAUACCCGAGCGCUUGGAUUCCAUAUCCUACCUCACCGAUCUUUUCUUCUUAAUCGACGAUGCAACUGAGGAGGUGGAAAAUGAUAAAGUUGCUCAAGAAGAGUGGACUGGCUUCUCCGGGGCGAUGACAGAUUCACUCGGGGAAACACCCCAGCGUGACCAUGAUCUGGAGUCCAUGAAGAAGAAGAAGCUGGUCGCCCGGGUAAUGCUAGACUUCAUGAGGUUAGACCCAGCACUCGGGUUGGACCUCGUGAAGAGCUGCAAGGCUGGUUGGACACCUUUGGCGGCUGGCGUUGACAUCUACUGGACAAAGACCGUAUUCGGCCUUGGAGAGAAGCUUUCAGAUGACGAGGAGAAGCUCAUCCGUCCUCUCGUCUGGGCUGCUGAGAAGGCCGCCAUGCUUAACAACGACUACUGGAGCUGGGACAUUGAAUACUUCCAGGCAGAUCAGAAGAUCGACAACUUGACCAACGCUGUCGCAGUUCUGAUGAGGAAGGAGGGAAUCUCGGCCCUGGAGGGCAAGGAUCGCAUCAGAGACUUGAUUUUGGGGUAUGAGGCCGAGUACCUUCGGUUGCGGGCUCAAUUCUACGACAGUCAUUCCACAGCACGUCUGUACCUGCGUAAGAGGGUUGAGCUUGCAGGGUCAAUGGCGGCUGGUGUGAGCUUCUGGAGUGCCAACUCUCCUCGAUAUCACCUGCCCACGAACCCGCGGACGAAGCAGGCCAAGCCAACCGAUGUUAAUGUUGAGGCCUUAAUUGCCAAGAUCGACGACAACACACGGACAAGCUCCGUCAGAAGUACCGUCAGCACCGACUGCGAUGAAUUCAUGGAUGCGACUUCGGGCAACCAGACCGAUAUCACAAGCCAAAGCUCACAUUCAGAAGAGCCCGGAAAGCGCUCUUACUUUGACGUCCCGAAGUUGUGUCAGAGGGCAAUCAACGAGCCUAUCAACUACGUCAGCGGCAUGCCGUCGAAGGGUGUGCGCUCUUCUCUGAUCGAUGCGAUGAACCAAUGGUUCCAGAUCCCAUCCGCUCAGCUUGCGGUAGUCAAGCGCGUCAUCGACCUCCUCCACAACUCGUCGUUGAUUCUCGACGACAUCCAAGAUAACUCCCCUAUGCGGCGCGGCAAGACAGCAACACAUUUGAUCUACGGCGAGGCUCAGUCCAUCAACAGUGCCACCUUCUUGUACGUACGCGUGGUGCAAGAAGUGCAAGCUACCGGCAACGCGGCGUUGAUGACGGUGCUUCUCGAGGAGUUGGAGGAUCUGCACGUCGGCCAAAGCUGGGAUCUUUACUGGAAAUACAACCUGAAGUGGCCGACGAAGGCUGAGUAUUUCAGCAUGAUCGACCUGAAGACCGGCGGACUUUUCAGGAUGUUGGUGAGGAUGAUGCAGGCCCUCAGCCCUCGACCCAGUACGGCUUUCGUCUGCGAUGCUCUAGUAUCCAUGGUCAGCCGCUUCUUCCAAGUCAGAGAUGACUACCUGAACCUCAACUCUCGCGAAUACAGCAACAAGAAGGGUUGGUGCGAGGACUUGGACGAGGGAAAGUUCUCCUAUCUCAUUAUCCACUGCCUUGAGAACAGCCCCGAAUAUGUCGACCGGAUCAUGGGUCUCUUCCGGCAGAGGACCGGAUGCUCAGGUCCGAUGCCCAGUGCUGCAAAAGUUCAGAUUAUCGAAUACUUGCAAGAGGCGGGAUGUUUCGAGGCUUGCUGGGAGUUGUUGAACAAGUUGGAGAACGAGAUCGAGGAUGAGAUUAGGAGACUGGAACGUGUCACAGGGGAGGAGAAUCCUCAGAUGAACCUUUUAUUAAAGCUUCUGAGCGUUGCGAACGAGAAGCCCAACAAAGCUGCUGUGGCCGUACCUGUAGGAGUAUAG